AUGUCGUCUACGACGUCCACACUGACGUCCCUAAUGGGACUCCAGCUCUUUACUCGCUUAUUUACUUUCAUAUUGAAUCAAGCUCUUUCUCGAUUGGCCUCGCCGAUAGCCUAUGGUAUCGCUGCCAUCCAAUUUGAUCUCAUGCUCAGCACAAUUCUUUUCCUGAGUCGAGAAGGUGUACGAGGCACUCUGUUACGCGUCAAACCCAUAUCAGAGACUGAAGACACCGGGAAGGCUACAUUGGAUCCCAAGAAGGACGAUGCUACGAUGAAUGUUGGUUUUGUUCCUAUUAUCAUCGGUGUCCCUCUGGCUUUGGUGACGUCCUUGCUAUACAUGGCUACCGCGGGGAUGGAAACACGUAAACAACCUCAUUUUCAACUAGCAGUCGGAAUAUACGUUGCAGCCGCAGUCAUGGAACUGUUAGCAGAGCCAAUGCAUAAUAUGGCAAUGACCAGUCUCAAAAUACACCUUAGAGUCCGCGCAGAAGGGGUGGCUAUCACUGCGAAGACGUUGGCCACGUUCCUUGUCCUGGUGUACGAUGUCAGCAGAGGCGACGAAGGUGGUGACCUAGCUCUGUUGGCAUUUGCGUUUGGCCAGCUUUGGUACGGAUCCUCCGUGUUUUUCAUAUAUCUACGAGAGUUUGGCAGGGGAGGUCUCAUUACAAGAAUGGAAAAGAACCCCUCAGGGAUAUAUUUCAACCACGACGUGCUUGCUUUAUCUAUGACCAUGACUUCACAAUCUUUGGUCAAGCAUCUCCUUACCGAAGGCGACAAGUUCAUUCUUUCCUGGUUCAGUCCUCUCCAGGAUCAAGGUGGAUACGCCCUUGCUGUAAACUACGGCUCUCUCAUCGCUCGUAUCGUGUUCCAGCCAAUAGAAGAGACGCUACGGCUGUACUUUUCCAGGACUUUAGCAGACAUCACUGUAGCUUCCUCACCUCCAUCGUCAACACAAGCGAGCGAAACUUCUAUACCCGCUUUAAAAAAAGCCGCGGAUGCACUCAUCACCCUACUUCAAAUGCAGAUCAUCGGUUCAUUAUUCGUCCUCAUCUUCGGAACGAACUACAUAACACUUCUGCUAAACGUCCUUCUUCCACCGCAAUAUCUCAAUACCAGUGCUCCUCGUGUACUCGAAGCUUGGAUAUGGUAUAUCCCAGUGCUAGCGGUGAAUGGAGGACUGGAGGCAUUCAUAGCCAGUGUUGCUCUCACAAAAGAUGUUAACAAACAAAGCCGCUGGAUGGUCCUGUUCACAGUGCUUUAUGUAGCUUCAGCUAUCGUAUUGUAUCGCUUGGAUCUCGGUGACGCGGCACUCGUUUAUGCGAACAUAAUCAACUUGUCAGCGCGCAUUAUAUACGCCUGCCGCUUCUCUCAUACAUUCUUCGCUGCCCAUAAUGCGUCCAGUACACUAAAAUGGCGAGAAGUCCUACCCCCUUGGAGUCUGGUAUUCGGCCUCACGAUCUCUGCCUUCUUCAUCCGCUUGAGUGAAACAAUGCAUAGUGCCACUAAAGCUGUUCAGAAAGAAGGGCGCAUAGGGGUACUGAGCCGUCCCGUUCUGAUCCACGUAGCGGUUGGUGGGAUUUUGGCGUUAUCUUGCGGGACGUUGUGGGCUUGGAGUGUUCGGAGGUUUUUGACCAUACCAAAACGAUUCAAGCCAAAAACUGCGUAA